AUGACUACACAGACCGAAACCCUCGUGGGCAUCGAAAACCACGUCCGCACCAACGUCCCGGCCAACAUCCGCGACCUCAUCUUCUCCGCCGUCGACGACCUCGCGGCCACCUUUGACCUGUCCGCGGUCAUCAAGCCCGGCACUCCCUUUCCCGGCUUUACGCUCUCCAACGCCGUCGGCGCCGACGUGUCCCUCGACGGCCUCCUCGCGGGCGCCGACAAGGGCGUGCUCGUCACUUUUUACCGCGGCGAGUGGUGUCCGUACUGCAACACGGCGCUGUCCUUUCUGCAGCGGCACCUGGACGACUUUGCCGCGCGGGGCGUGACCGUGGUGGCCGUCUCGCCGGAGCUGCCCAACACGUCGCUGACGACGGUGGACAAGCACGCGCUGCGGUACGAGGUGCUCUCGGACCGGGGCAACGGCGUGGCGCGCCGGCUCGGGCUCGUCUGGCGCCAGUUUGACUCGCUCGGGGAGGUGUCCCGCGCCUUGGGCGUCGAUCAGGUCGCGCGCAACGGGGACGGCUCGCGCGAGCUACCGGUGCCGGCCAAUAUCAUGAUUGACAAGACCGGCGUCAUCAGGAACGUGCAUGCCGACCCGGACUGGAGUAAGAGACUAGAGCCGAGCACGAUGCUACAGUGGGCCGAUGCUUUGUAA